AUGAAUUCAAAGCUCCCUGCUGGUUGGGCUCUCGGGCCCCCGUCCGACUCGUCACGCUCCCCCGCAGCACUCGUUCCUUGCAAGUUGAGCAGCGACGACAACACGGCAAUGAGCAAAUUUGGUGUCGUCGAGCUUGCCGGCACCAGGACGACGGCCGCGCCAGGAUGGGCCUACGUGCCAAAUACGGUUCCUGGCCCGGCUUCGGCUGUGACCCAGUCGUCGAACCGCAAACGAGCGCGGAAUGCGCCUGGGGGGAACCUCAGCAUGGGCGACCUCUCGGUCAGACAGGAAGCCAAGAUACGCAAGGAAGUUGAGGCCUUGGAGCGCGACGGCGCAAAGGACAAUUCGAUACCGCUCCCAGUAAAAGGCGGGAGAGCGAACGUCAAGUACACGCCGAACGUGCGCAAGAUCAUGCAGUCACAAAAGACAUUUGCGAACCACGUCGACGAUUUUCUCGCUCUGCAAGCCCUCGCAGAAUCCAAUCCGGGCGCGCCCGGCAGCAUCUCCAAGCCGGGAGGAGCCAGCUCUAGCAUCGGCAAGCGCCCGCCCCCAGGCAAGAAGGACACUCCGCAGCCAACGCCCAAGGACGAAGAUCUGUCGACGAUCGAAGUCGACACUCUGCCUCCUGCGCUGCCUGCACCCUGCAUGCCCCAAGCUGUCGCUCAUCCUGGUGACAACGACCCGCUUCUGAUGUCACGCGUGCCGGAGAUGCCUUCGGACGCCGAGCUGCGAAAACUACUGGCCCAUCCGCCACUGACCUGUCUUGAGAACCAGGGCGUAUGGGACCAAACGUACCCGACGAGGGUGUUUUGCCAGGUGUGCGGGUAUUGGGGGCGAGUGCGCUGCAUGAAAUGCGGCACGAGGGUUUGCGCCUUGGACUGCCUCGACGCCCACAAAGAGGAGUGCGUGACGAGGUACGGGAUGUGA